ACCAAGCUGCUGUGAAUUCCAUCAUGCUGCAGACACCUCUGAAUCAACCAUCUCUGUUGGCAAAUUAUUAUGCUGACAAAUUCUCACAUAAACUGAAAAUUUCCAUUUUGUAAACAACUAAGUGGGUUCCUGAUGGUUUGGAUGAGAUCCUGAGCUGGAACUUUGGGAAAUGGACUCCUUGUUUGAAUGACCCUGUGUAAUCCAUUUCUCACUUUAGCAAAGAGAUUCAAAUAUUUAUCACCCUUCUCAGGGAGCCACUGUGAACAAUUAAUGUAACAUUAAGUCUGAUGUACUUCCACAAGUUUCAGAAACACAAAAACACAUGGUUGGCUUCAACAGCUAGAUUUUAUGAGACAGAAUAGUAUGUGUUUUAUUGGUCAUCUUUACAAUACUAGGAGUUCUAGUUCCACUUUUAUCCACAAGAGGAUAGAUGCUGAACACUGGCUCAGAAGCAUCCAGGCCAGAAUAUUUGUUGUACAGGCAGGUAAAUACUUGGAUCUUUCUUCUGCUGGGUCAGAGUCAGUCACAGGGACUCUGGUUACGUCCUUUACAAUCACCGCCCCCAUCAUCUAAGUAAGAUGAACUGAACAGGUGAUACAGCCAUGCAGCUGGGUGAAAGGCCACCAUGCUUCCUGGGGAAGGGGAGGAGAUGAGGUACUUCGGCACCACUGACUUUGGAACAAGCAACCUGCACAUACGUCACAAGAGGGAUACAAGGGAUACCAAGGGGAGAGAGAAGAGAGGUAUUUGGCCCAGACCUCAGAUCCAGUGGGAUUAAAGAGAUGUCUAUUAAAAGUACUAUAUAGAGUCUUAGGGUCUAGCUUACAGAUGUUUAGCAUAUCAAUAUUAUUAUAGUUUUUCCUCCUGUUCUAUAAAAUUACUUUGGGGGGGGGAGCAUUUUCUAUAUACUGACAGGAGUUGAAUUCCUUGACCACAAGGAAUUCUUCCAGCUUUAUGAGUAGAACAAACAUAGCAGUAAUUUUACCUUCGAGCAGCCCUGUUUUAUCAAAGGCUGGCAUCACUAUUUUAUAAAGAUAGGAACCUCUUUGUGGUCCUCUGAUCUGCUAAUUGGGGUGAGUGAGAGGAUAGAGAGGGGAAUAUCUCUUCCUGAUCACAAGUUUGGCCCCGAGUCCAUUUUUCGUGUACUUUUAAUUUCCUAUUUCUAUUUCCAGGUGCUCUUCUACAUGCUCCAGCCAGCUUCAGGUAUGAUGUGAGUUUACCUGUGGUCUUAUGAGGAAAAAACAGGACCUAAAGACAACAAGGAAUCUGGAAGUCUUUGUCAUCAGAUCAACAGCUGGAAGAUCAACAACAGAUCAACAGAUAAAAGCUGGAAGAGUCUAGUCUUGUGUGAUCUUGUGGCAGACCUUCUUUCCUAUUUUGGGCUAUAAUAAGCAAUCUUCCACACCUGUGAACACAGACCUGAACACAUAUUGUUCAGGUUACUAGGGAUGUCAGCCAGGACCAGACCUGGGCAAAAUUAGAAAACAGAGGUGGUGUACUGCAAAGAUGACUGAGACAGGGCCCCAAAGCCUGGAUUCCAGCUUGAGCAUUAACUAGUUAUGUGACCUUGGACAAGUCAUUUCCCCUUUUUGAGACUUGGGUUUCUUUUGUGUAUGUAAAAUGGGAGUAAUAAUAAAAUGUUUGUAAAGUGCUUUAAACAGAUAAAAACAAAGCAAUCUUGACACUGUAAGUCAGGACCUGCUUUCCACAUUGAUGCCCACUCAUUCCCUUCCCUUUCCAGUUUCUCUCCUUCCCCACUCUCCACUUCCAUAGCCUACAGUUAGUUCCACAGGGUGGGAAAUACAUCUAGUUAAUUCAUAACAAAGUGUUAGCACCAUGAGUGACUCUUCCCUUUUGCCAUCUGCAUGCUAAUGAAUGAAUCUCUAGUUUUAGGCUACCCGAUGUUAGCAAGAGACAGGAUGAAAGAAGUAAAUGGGUGUGCCUGUCUGUGUGUAUGUGGCGGAGAGGUCACGUAUCCUCAUGGAGAAACCUCCCGGAUAACCCAAGACAGCAGCCUGCUCUACCUAAUGCAAAGCUGGCUGUGCUAGGAGCUUUCUGAAGCUUGGCCCCACAGAUACUGUUAAAUUCUCUCUCCUCUGCAUCCUUGGUCUGCAGUGACACUGGCAGAUGCUAAACUUCGGCCUGUCUAGAACAGUUAAUUAGGUUACAGAGGCUGCCAAAAAUCUCAAAGUCAUCCUAUGAAAAUGAAAUACUCUGAGAUCUGAAACAAAGGUCAGAAGACACAAACACUAAUUUGAUUUUUAAGAGAGAAACCACAAAAUGGAGGGGGGGGGGGGGUGAGAAAGAAAGGGAGGCAGGCAGGUCCUUGACAAUCUGGCAACUCUGCAACAUAAAACAACAUUGAGAUGUGGCAUGAAGUGGUCCUGGCUCCUUUCUCCAGCAACAAAUACUGUAUAUUCAUAAAGAAUUAUACGGUAAUAGACACUGUAUAUUCAUAACCUCUUCCAGAGAGCCCAGUCCAAACCUCUUGGGACAUCAGGAGAGCUUUCAGACAGUUCUUCCUGUGGGAGAAUGUCCCCACCAGGGAGUAAUGAGGCUGGAGAGAGGAAGGAAAUAAAUUGCUAAAUGGAAAUCAGUUGAAUGAAUACGUGGGUAUGUUCAAGGUCUCUUUAUUGGUUUCAUCAAAUUAUCACAAAGUAAGAACUGCUGUCUGCCCUCCGGUUCUCAGUACUGAAGAGGCAGCCUUAAAAACCUAGAGACCCAAUUCUUCAAAAUGGUUACCCGGGAAAGUGUGUGUUGGUGCUGCGGGUAACAAAAGGCAGCGGUGCGUAGGACUUCACUGCCACCAGCAGGGGCCAGAAGAAGUGCACGCCGGAGCUGCCUGCAGCAGAAGCCCCAGGCCAGAGGCUAAAGCUGGCAGCUGAGGCUGUCUUCACCUCGUGCCCACCCGCCCCCUCCACAAUCUCAAAGAUUUGGAAAAGCUGUUCUCUCUAAAACACAGUUGUUCCUGCCUUAAUGCUCAACAUCAGGGAUUUGGAGGCCAAACUCCAGUUAAGUCUCCAAAACACCCUCCUCCCUUACCCCACCUCACAAUCCCACUUCCUGCGUGCCCUGGGAUUUGCAGUAGUUUGAAGGUGCAGUGGAGUGUGGCCCAGAGAUGGCAAUUUUAGGUUCAGUCCCGUUGCAUCCCAUGUCACCCCGGACGUGGAUCAGGAACCUUGCACCAUCCACCUCACGCCCCGACCCCUGGUUUACAGUCCCUCAACCGCCCUGGCCGUGUUAGAUCCGCUUCAGGUAAAGCCAACUCACGCUCUGCACAGACUUGGAAAAGCUGCCCUACGCCAACUCUGAUCUCUCGCACCUGGCGCCAAUCUGUGGCCACCUGCACUUUGCGGGACGUUGCGCUGGGAGGCGCUCCCCGGAGGCCGCACUAGCCUGCGGUGCCCAGGCGCGCCAGGCCGCGCGGGACUCCCGGCAUCCAGCCUCCCUUCCGGCGGGUCCCGGAGCCUCCGCGCUAGCGGAAUGGCCCGGGAAUGCGCCGGGGCGGGGGCAGGAAGGACCCCCCCUGGAGCCUUAGAGACCUCGGGAGCACUCCCCGCGGAGAUCAGCUCGAGGAAGGGUUCCGUGACCACGCGGCGAGGAGCACGUGAGCAGCGCUGCUUCGCUAUAAGAACCCCCGCUCUGCUGCGCUAGGGGAGCGAGCCGAGCGGCAGGACGCGGCCACCUGCGCAAAGAAAAAGGGCGACGGCGAUACUCCCUGCAGGACGCCCCAGACGGUCCCGAGUUUUGGUGCUUUGGACCCUGGGGGUCUGCGCUCCGCGGUGCGUCUAACUUUGAGGCGGAAUUCCCAGCACUUAGGCAAAAACGCGCAGACGCCAGCACGCGUGCGUUUUUGAAGAUGCUCAGAGCUUGUUUGACCUUUAGUAGAGUUACAGGAGGAGUCGCAGAAACCCCGAGCUAAUUUCUCGUCCUCCACUAAGCAGGCAGCUAGGAGCGCGCGGGCUCGCCUUCAGAGAAGCCCGGGAGAUCCCUAGCGGCCCGAGACCCCGGCGCCCCAGCCGCCCUUUAAUUAAGUCGCGGGGUGUUCCUGCGCCCCGCUGGAGGCAGCUGGCGGUAAACUCCGGACGCCUUUUGUAGAUAAAGUUUGGUCCGCUCUACUCGCCUGCUCCAUCCCGGCCGCGCUGUCCGCCCCCUCCUCCCGCAACGGGCGCGGGCGGGUAGAUGGCCGCGGGCUCGGCGACCGGCGCGGGCGCUUCCCGGCGCAAAGGGGCGCCGCGCGCGUAGCCGCCGCCACGCUGACCUCCAGCUGCCGCCUGCUACUGCGCUAAGCCGGGGCCGCGAGCGAAGGCGAACGCCCAGAGGGGCCGGAGGCGGCGGCGGGAGGAGCCGGCGGGUCCAUAUGGCCUCUCUCCGCCGGCCGGUGGUGUGCGCCACGGAGCUCUCCCGCGGCCCCUCGGGUUCGGAGCGGCUCUGAGCGGCGCCGCCUGCGGGAAUCGACCCAGCCGUUCCGCGGAGCCGCGGGCAGGAACCCGAGAGCAGGAGUCGGCAUCUGUUCCUCCCUAAGGGCGAUGUGGCCGGCCGGCGCGGGCACCAAGCUGCCCUGUCCCCGGGACUCCGCGCUCCGGCGGGCGGCUUUCUCCGGGAACCUCACCGCCCUGCCUUCUCACCUGGUGCCAGCCGGCCGUAGCGUCCGGGUCUUCAUCAGCGCCAACCCCGAAGACACGGGAGCAGAGAGACAGGCUCUAAAGGAAAACGUGUAUCCUAAACUGAGAGAAUUCUGCAGAGAGAACUAUGGAUUAGAGUUUCAGGUCAUAGAUCUGUACUGGGGAAUUGAUGAAGAUGAAUGGGACAGCCCCGAGCUCCAGAAGACCCGCAUGAAGCUGCUGGAGGAUUGUUUGAAAACUUCUGCAGGUCCAUGUUUUGUUGGACUAUUAGGUGAAAAAUAUGGGAACAUCCGAAUCCCCGGAGAAGUUGAGGCCUCAGAGUUUGAGAUGAUCUUGGACGCUGCCGUAGAGGCGAAGCUGGACACCAAGCUACUGGAAGAGUGGUACUGUCGGGACGAGAACUCGGUGCCGGCCGCUUAUUACCUCAGACCCAAAUCAGAGAUGCUGAAAAGCAGUAAAAAUGCAAUGCAGCCUUCUACCAAUGCUGAGAAUGAGAAGACCUGGCAAGAGAUAUCACAUGAGAUCAAGAAGAUAUUUAAGACUGCUGUAAAACUGUUACAUGAAAGGGGAAAGAUGAAACACAGCCAAGCCAAGAGGUACCUGUUCUCAGCGAUAGAGGAUGAAUUUGAUUUUGCUCUAGGAAAACAAACGCCAGCAUUCCUGAAGAAGUGUGUUUGCUAUAUUAGGAAAAUUGCUAACAUUGAGCGUUUCGUGAAAAUCCCGGAAAUGGGAAAAUACAUGGAUAUAACUGGAACAGAACCGAGAAUUAUUCGGGACCCUGAAGCGCAAGAGAAGCUGAUAAAACUCAGGGACGAAUUUAUUCCUACCAUUGUUGCUUCAUCUAAUCUGAGAGUGUACACAUCUGUUACUCAUUGUGACAUGAAACUAGGCUAUUCCCAAGAAAUAGAAAACCAUUACAUAGAAGGACUUGGUAAACAAUUUUAUGAGGACAUGAUUGACAUAAUUCAGGCCACGGUACAACAGAAUUUUGACACAGAAACUGAUACGCUCUAUGAUGAAAUCCUUCAGCAUUCAUCCUUAUGUAAAACAUAUGCCUCCUUCUACGAGUACAAAUGUGAAUCUCUAAACAUCGUGCAUAAAUACAUUCUUCCAAGCAAAACUGGGCACAUCAACCCUCUUAUUAUAUACGGUGGACCGUGCACUGGAAAGACCCUUCUGCUAGCUGAAGUAGCAAAGAAGGCUUAUGGCUGGCUACAGGAAGACACAGGACCAGAAUCUGACCCAGUUGUAGUCGUGAGGUUUCUAGGAACCACAGACUUGAGUACUGAUCUUAAGUCUCUCCUUCUAAGUGUUUGUGAACAGUUGGCCGUGAACUACCGGUGCCUGGUCCAGAGCUACCCUAAGAAGAUCCAUGACCUCCGUGACUUAUUCAUAAACCUUUUGAAUGAGUCUUCACUGCAGAGGCCUCUCGUGGUCAUAUUCGAUGCCCUGGAGCAGCUCUCGGAAAGCGACGAGGCCCGGAAGCUCUGGUGGCUUCCCGUGCACCUUCCCCGCUUCGUCCGGAUCAUCCUGUCCACGCUGCCCAACAAACAUGGGAUCCUGCAGAAACUGAGGUGCCUUAUCCACGAAGAAGACAACUAUAUCGAGCUGAUUCCCCGGGACAGGAAGAUGUGCAGCCAGGUGCUCAAACACCAGCUGCUGCGGGUCAAAAGGAAGGUCACGUCGGGCCAGCAGAUUUACGUGAACAACGCCUUCUCCAAGUGCACGCUGCCCAUGUUUGUGAACCUGACCUUCAGGGAGGUGAGACGCUGGCGAUCUCACAGAGACGUCGACGAGUCCUCCCUCUGCGUCACCGUGCACGAAAGCAUAGAGCAGCUCUUCUGGUCCCUGGAGCGAAAGUGUGGGCAGAAACUCGUCUCCCGGGCUCUGGGUUACAUCACCAUGGCCAAAAUGGGUUUGAGUGAGAUGGAGCUGGAGGACGUGCUGGCCCUGGACAACAGCGUGAUGAACGAGCUCAACGAGAGCACCAGGCCCAGCAACCCCCUGAGGGUACCUUAUCUGUACAUCGCAAAGCUCAAGGAGGGCCUCAGUGGAUGCCUAAUCGAGAGACACGUGAAGAACGUCACCCUGCUGGUCUGGGCCAACAGGCACCUGCAGCUCAUAGCCCAGAAGCUGUAUCUGCAGGACAAGAGCGACCUGCAUGAAAUGCACACCAUUCUGGCAGACUACUUCCUGGGAGUCUGGUCAGGGGGCAGGAGGAAAGCUUUCUGCCUGGAAGACCCCUACCUGAACGGCUGCCUCGACCUGGAGAGCAGAAGCCUGCUGGAGGAGGAGAGGCACUUCCUGGAGCAGGCUUCCUUCGACAGGCAGGCCCCUGACCAGCCCUGGGUCUUCCAGUGCAAUCCACUGGAGCCUGACAUCUUUUUUGUCAACCAUCGGAAAAUGUGUGAGCUUUUGUACCACCUGACAAGGUGUGGGAAGACUGACGACCUGCUCUACGGCAUCAUCAUGAACUUCAGCUGGCUUUACACCAUGAUCAAAAUCGGCCAGUUCGACAAAGUGCUCGCGGACAUUGAGCUGGCCUAUAACUACUCGCAGGAGAAGGAGCUGAAGUUCCUGGCGAGCACCCUCCGCAGCAUCAAAACCAAGGUCGUUGCGUUCCCCGGCUCCCUCUCUGCAGAGCUUCAGCAGAGGCUGCUGCCCGUUUUGAGCUCCCUGCCCAAACUUAGACACCUCCUCUUAGAAUGUGACAAAGACGGGCCCAAAUACUGCUCCAUUGUGCCAUUACACUCAUCCAUGGAUGUGACCUACAGCCCAGAGCGACUUCCCUUGUCAUCUAGUCACCUGCACGUCACCGAGAUUCUGCCCACCUGUAACCCCAGUACGGUCCUCACGGCUUUAGAAAAUGGUUCCAUCAGCACUUGGGAUGUGGAAACGCGUCAACUCCUCAGGCAAAUCACAACAGCCCAGUCUGUCAUCCUGGGCAUGAAACUCAGCAAUGAUGAAAAGUAUCUCGUGGUGGCAACAACAAAUAACACCCUGCUGGUUUACGACAAUGUAAAUUCUUGCCUCCUGUCUGAAGUAGAAAUCAAAGGGACCAGGCAUGGAAGCGGCUCCACCUACAUCAAUGGAUUUACACUGUCCGUCAAACAUGCCCUGGCCUGGCUCGAAGCCAGCAAAGAUGUCACUGUCAUUGAUCUGCUCUAUGGAUGGCCCCUUUACCAGUUCCACUGCUGGUAUGAAGUGACCUGCGUCCAGUGCUCACUAGACGGCGUGUACGCCUUCUGCGGACAGUAUCUGAACACAACCACCGUCUUUCAUCUCGGGAGUGGAGAAAAGUUAUGUACAGUGACAUCUGAAUUUUCAGGUGGGUUUGUGAAGUUCCUUCUUAUCUUGGACACGGCUCAGGAAAUGGUAAUGGUAGACAGUGAGGGUAGCCUUUCUGUUUGGAACACAGAGGACAUCUCCAACCCCCAGCUGACUGAUGACUUUGACUGCCGCAGGGAGGACAGCGAGGUGGUCAGCGUUGAGCUUUCAGAGGACCAAAGUGCAGUUCUCAUCUGUAAGGCCCUCAGCAUCGAGCUCUUAGACACUGGCCUGUGGAAGGUGGCGGAAAAGUUCAGAGCAAAGCACAAUGAACGCUUCAUAUCAGCUGUGCUGUCCAAGAACGGAGACUGCAUCAUCGCCACCAUGGAGAACACCUCGGCCGUGUUCUUCUGGAGGCGGGACACGGGGCAGUGUAUGGCGAGCUUGCAGGAAAUCUCAGGUACCAUAGUCAAGCUGGUGAAAUCCAGUCACCACAACAUGCUGCUGUCUUUAUCCACCAGUGGUGUUCUUUCCAUCUGGGACAUAGAUAUAAUCACAGCUAUGUCCAACAUAGAUAAGACUGGAAAACCCAUCCAAAGUCUGGUGUUACCGGCUCGCGGGGAGAUCAUUUACUCCCUCGAUGGCUCGGAUUGUGUUCACAAGUGGAACUUCAGCAGCGGGUUCCUUGAAGCAGUGUUUAAGCAUGAAGGGACAGUUGAACACUGUGUGCUGACGUCCUCUGGGGACGUCAUGGUGACGUCAGAUGCUAAGAGCGGCCAGUACGUCUGGCACACCAGCAGCGGUGAAAACCUCUUUCGAAUUAACGGGCAGAGAAUCUCCCAGCUGCUGAUCACACACAAUGACCAGUUUGUGGUCUCUCUCUGUGAGGAAAAUGCCUCCAGGGUUUGGAGACUGGCCACGGGCCACAGGGUAUGCAACAUCCUGACCAGUCUGCAGAACGCCUUCAUCACCUCUGCAAACACCUUCGUGGUGGGCAUGACCAAAAGCAAGGUGCUGGCGGUCAGUCUUUGGACAGGAAGCAUCACCAAGAAGUUCUGCUGCGAAGACGGCACCACCAUUGUGAAUUUUAAGUUGAUUCCCGACUGCCCAGAUAUCAUCGUGUUUAUCACGUCGGCCGAGACGGUUAAUAUCUGGAGUCUGACAGAAGAAGUGAUCUGCCGCCGCGUGCAACUUCCAAACAACUUCCUGCAAAACCUAGAGGAUUUUGAAAUCUCCCCCAAUGGAAAGCUAGGCAUUAUUUCCAGGGGAGAUGAGAAUAUCAACGUGCUGGAUUUACACAGCGGCAAAUUACGGGUGGUGCAUGCCUCUGGGGUCAUCUGGAGGCAGCGGCUGUCUCGAGAUGGUCGCUACCUGGUAUACAUCUGUUUCCGAAACGGGGAAGAAGAGGAUGAAAAUGGUGCGAUAUCCAGUUUGAUUGUCAUGAGACUGGCCGAUGGCAAAAAUAUCGGUGCUUGUUCCCUUUACAAAACACCAACUUUCCUUGCCCUCUCCCAGAGGCACCUGAACAUCAUCGUGGGCUUUGACGACGGCAGCAUAGGGAUCUACACCGUGGUGGACCGGGUGGAUGCUGCACUGAAAAUUAAAAUCGCCACUUCAAACAGCAGACAGAUUUUCAACAACGCAACACAGACAUCCAGGCCAAAGUGUAACAGUUACUGUUUUAAAGUGUCUGUGGAUUGUCUAUGGAGAGAGUCCACUGAGGUUUUUGCAAGAGACAGUCCCAUCACCGUGAGUGACUCCUCGGAACCCAAUGAGUCAACACCCUCCAAGAAACACAACCCCUGCUAUGAGCGGGUAUGCUCGGCCCUGGAAUCCAGGGGCCACAGCUACGCCCCCGACAACUAACACCAUGUUUGUCCUGCUUAGCAGAACUACAUGGUACACACAUAAGAGGAAAACAAAUUACCUUCUGUAUCCCAAAUGAUACACAUUCGUUCUUAAAAGACAGGAAAGAAAAAAAAAAGACAGGAAAGAUGCUGGAGUUCCAGUGUUAACUAUUGCCCUUCUCACACAUUGAGACAAUCCUCUGGAGAAGGGAAUGGCAACCCACUCCAGUAUUCUUGCCUAGAGAAUUCCAUGGACAGAGGAGCCUGGCAGGCUACAGUCCAUGAGGUCACAAAGAGUCAGACACGACUGAGCAACUCACACACACACAUGAAAUGUGAAAUUAUUUGUAAAGUUGGUCUUUUUGACAAAGCUUAUCCAAGCUUAUCUUAUGAGAAGGAAAUUCUUGAGAGAAUUUCUAGAAAUCAUACUUACACGGCUAUAUCAGCUGAAAGGUAGAGAGUAGUGUUUAAAUUAACUGGACUGGAAGAAGCAGCUUCUCUCAUCCUAUUGUCCAGAUGAGAGAGGUUGGAGCUACACGCAGACCAUCUGGACUGGAGUUAGUCCAACAGCAACAGGUUGAAAUUGUGAACACAAAUUGCUGUUGGACUUCAAAUGAUUGUGGAUAACUAAACACAGCCUUAAUCUCUCUUUACAUUUUUAACGAUCCUGACAACUGUGUCAAUCCAGUCUGCAGAUGGAAGGUCUAAAGGUGCAAAAUAAUGUAACAAAAACGCCCAGAGGUACCCAGUUUCCCAAGAGAAAGGAUGCCAAGUAUGAGGCCACAGACUGGGCUGGGGCCAGAGCUGCCUACCGCUAUUACAGGGCUACUGAACACACAGAGUCAGUCUUCAUUACAACUGCAUGCGAGGGUUUCUGUAUCAUGGAACACACAAUUUUUAAACUAUUUUCUGGGCUGCAAAGGAACACAUUUAAUAUGAAACCACAAUCUUUUCGUGUCAUUUUGAAUUGCCUGUUUGUGCUGGGUGUAAAAACGUGACAGAAAGGGCAUUAUACAUAUGGUCAAAACACCUGUUCAUUUCUAUCACUGUACCAACAAAAGGCUGUGCUAUAGAAGUUGGUUGUGUGGAAGCAUAAAUUAUUUCCUAAAUCCCUGCAAUGAAUCUUAUGAGAAGGAAAGCUUUCUCGACAUGCCAUCUGUGGAAUACUGACGACAUUUGCCUUACUUACUCUUGUUCUUCUUCUUUCCUGUGUAAAACGCAGAUAGCUGACCAAAUACUCUGGGACAAACUGAAUAUGCCUGUCUUCGUGCUAAAAUACUGCAUAAAUCUUAAGGGUGUCCAAAGGCUCUUUACUGUCCUGUUUGUAAGCACUUUCUUACUUCUAUACACUGUAUGUAUCCUUCUUUAUCCAACAUCCUUUCUGCCUGAGGAUUCUCUGGAGUCUUUUAUAGUCUUAGCCGUUUCAAAGCAGAAGCUAUGAAAUUGGUAUUCAAUGUUUUUUAAAGACUACUUCUCCUGUCUAAAAGAAAAUAUUACAUCCCAGUAGGGGAACAUGAUUUUUUUCCCUUCCAUAUCCCCCUCAUGGCAUGUCCUUGUAUGACUUUCCAACGGUGAUCAGCAGUGGUGGUUUGGUUUGAAAGAGACCAUGGUGUCUUGAGAAGACAGAAAAAUGAACAAGGAACUGACUUUCAGCCAGCUCUGCCUUGAACUCAUCUAUAGACAGAUCUUUAA